AAUUCAUUUGUGAAGAAGCAAAGUUCCGCCCGCUUUCUUCAGUGUUUUAACGUCUGAAACUCUUGACUCAACAGUUGUUACAUAGCCAAUGGUGGAAAGCGAGCCCAGUGAGGAAACAAGUGGCGAUUUUACGUUGUUUCUGUCGUUUCGACUAUCCAAUGGAGAUGCUGUCUCGUACAAAGUCGAUGGAGGACGAUUUGAGGGUGGAUCUAGGACUUUGAAGUUUGCAACUAAUACGCAGUAUAAGUUAACAUUGACGAGUAAACCUCCGGCAGAAUUUCAUCACAUGCAUCUGGCAGGAUCUGAUUUACAACUGCACACAGAAGACCCAAAAAAUGGGGAAUAUACGACGGAGUGGAACACAACUGGCAUCGAUGUAUGCAAGAAAGGAGAUAGGAACAAUAUAGGCCUCACUUUACAGGGACCUGGCGGAUUGCUGAAACGCAAACUUCAGUGCAAAUUCUAUGAGAAGGAUGAUGCCCAUGCCGACUACGGAACUAAACUCGAAUUUAUUGAAUGGGCCUGCGCUGUUGAUGGUAGCGGCACGAUCUCAGUUACAGAGGAAAAUAUAAGAUAAGAUUCUAAGAUGUAAUGCGGUUGUACUCAGUAAUUUAUUUUCAUGAUUUUGUAACAAAUCGCAGACCAAGUUUUCCCCUUGGGUCUUACAGUUUCUUGCCAAAACACUUGCAAUCUCCAUUUGCAUCUACUGCUAUGUUGAAAAAGUCAUCUUUUGAACUUUGCAAUAUUAUUUGAUCUUCGCUAGCAUCACUUGCAUCCUUUCUCUUUGCAAUGAAUGAGCU